UAACUCCAUUCCCCACGUUCUCUUUCUAUUCCUCCAGCUUCAGUUCCCCCUUUUCCUUGACCCCAUUUCUUCCAACUUCUUAAGCUAACAUAUUAACUUAAACAAGCUCUUGUUGUUUCCUUAUUCACUGUAUUAUUUAUUGAAACAAUCCUAUUAGUUUUGCACUGUUGAUGCACGUAAGAACUGCAAAAUAUUUGAAUUUUGUAUUCAAGAAGAUGUCAUUGAAGUGUGUGAAAUCUUCGGGCAUGUUGAGGUGCUUCCUUGUCUGAUUUACUUUUUGCCUUAUUUUUAACUGAUAUUUCAAGGAAUAAACUAAUGGAGUAUAAUGAAUGAGAGGCAAAGAAGAGAAAGUAAUAAAAAAGGGAUGAAGAAAAGGAAAGUAGGAGAUGGGGUUUAGAGUUGGUGCAAUAAAUAGGUGAAAGUUUGGAGCUUUAGCAGAGUGGGCGUCUGGUUUGGUGCAAACUGAACUGGAAAACUGGUGUUAGUUUGUUUCUCCACCACUGGAAUUGCCAUUAUUCUCCUUUCCUUGCUUUUGGCAGCGUUUCAACAGUUGGGUUUCUCAGAAAAAUCAAAUCAAAUCAAAGGUGGAGAAGGGAGUGUGAGUCUAUGGCUGACCAAAUGGCGUAGUCCUCAAGAAGAAAAGAAAAAUGCCCUACAUGCAUAUGGAGCCAGAAGAGAAACAUGUGAUACCAUCUUCUCAAAUGGUGUUAAAAUCCCUACAUGGCUCAAAGGAUGAUGAAAAGACUAGUUUAUGUAAAAGGAAAGGAAAAAGAAGGGCGAAAGGAUCUACCAUGAAAGGACUGAAACAAGAGGAGCUUGAUCCAAAUCUGGAGUUUCCCUCUUCUUCUUCCUGCAAAAGCUUAACAUUUCCAAGAAGGCCAGACUUUGGCUCGCUGGGGACUAAAUGCUUGGUUAAAGCCAACCACUUCCUAGCCAAAAUACCUGAAUCAGACAUAAGCCAUUAUAAUGUUAAGAUAACCCCAGAAGUUACUUCUCGUAAACUGAAGAAGAACAUACUGACCGAGUUGGUCAAACAUUAUAGAAGCACAGAGCUGGGGAUGCGACUGCCAGUUUACGAUGGAGGAAGCAACCUGUACACGGCCGGAUUGCUGCCUUUCACAUCAAAAGAGUUCACUGUCAUUUUGGCUGAUGAGGAAGAGGGAGCAGCCACUCCCAGGGAACGAGAAUUUAAAGUGCAAAUAAAGUUUGUAACUUUAGCUAGCAUGCACCAGUUACGAGAAUUAUUUGCUGGUAAACAAGUUAAAAACCCUCGAGAAGCUUUGACCAUCAUUGACAUCGUCUUGAGGGAGCUUCAUGCUCAAAGAUAUAUAUCAGUUGGGCGAUUCUUUUACACUCCUUGCAUUAAGAAACCUCAGCAUGUUGGGGGUGGUUUGCAAGUUUGGCGUGGCUUCUAUCAAAGCAUCCGACCUACUCAAAUGGGAUUGUCACUAAAUAUUGACAUGUCAUCCACUGCAUUCAUUGAAGCAAUCCCUGUCAUUGAUUUUGUUGCUCAAAUCUUAAACAAAGAUGUGUAUUCAAGACCACUGUCUGAUGCUGAUCGUAUCAAGAUUAAAAAAGUGCUCAGAGGUGUAAAAGUUGAAGUUACACACAGAGGAAAUGUGCGAAGGAAAUACAGAAUUUCAGGACUAACAACACAACCUACAAGAGAGCUAAUCUUCCCUCUUGAUGAGCAAAUGAACAUGAAAUCUGUAGUUGAAUACUUCCAAGAGGUGUAUGGAUAUACCAUUCAGUACACACAUUUGCCUUGCCUUCAAGUAGGAAACCAGAAGAAGGUGAACUAUCUACCCAUGGAGGCAUGUAAGAUUCUUAAGGGGCAGAGAUACACAAAAGGACUGAAUGAAAAGCAAAUAGCUUCCUUGUUGAAGGUUUCAUGCCAAAGACCAUCUGAUCAAGAAAUGGACAUUUUACAGACUGUUCAUCAGAAUGCAUAUGAGGAAGAUCCAUAUGCAAAAGAGUUCGGAAUCAGCAUCGACACCAAGCUUACAUCGGUUGAAGCACGAGUCCUCCCAUCUCCAUGGCUAAAAUUUCAUGACACGGGAAAAGAAAGGGAACAUCUGCCUCAAGUUGGUCAAUGGAAUAUGAUGAAUAAGGUCGGUCACUUCCUAAUGUCCGUGUGUUAUUGUGUAUAUCAUAGAAGGAUAUUUUACUUUCUGCCCCCAUUGCAGAAAGUAAUAAAUGGAAGUGUUGUAAGAUAUUGGGCUUGUAUCAAUUUCUCUCGCAACGUCCAAGAGAGCAUAGCUUGUGGUUUCUGUCAACAGCUGGUCCAGAUGUGCCAAGUCUCCGGCAUGGAAUUUAACUCAGAUCCUGCAAUUCCUAUAUACUCCGCAAGACCAGAUCAAGUGAAAAAGGCCUUAAAAUAUGUAUGUAAUGCAGUUUAUACCAAACAUGAAGGAAUGGAGUUAGAGUUACUGAUAGCUAUUCUUCCGGACAACAACGGCUCUUUAUAUGGUGAUCUUAAAAGGAUCUGUGAAACAGAGUUGGGAUUGAUAUCGCAGUGUUGUCUAACAAAGCAUGUUUUCAAGAAGAGCAGACAGUAUUUGGCGAAUGUGUCACUUAAGAUCAACGUCAAGAUGGGUGGAAGAAACACUGUUCUGUUAGAUGCUUUGCGGUCAAGAAUUCCACUAGUCAGUGACAUACCAACAAUAAUCUUUGGAGCUGAUGUCACCCAUCCAGAAUCUGGAGAGAAUUCUCUUCCAUCGAUAGCUGCCGUUGUGGCUUCCCAAGAUUGGCCAGAAGUUACAAAAUAUGCUGGAUUGGUAUGUGCUCAGCCUCACCGAGAAGAACUGAUUCAAGAUUUAUUCAAAACAUGGAAAGAUCCUCAUCGCGGCACAGUUGCCGGGGGUAUGAUAAGGGAGCUCUUGCUUUCAUUUAAGAAGGCCACUGGACAAAAACCAUUAAGGAUAAUAUUCUAUAGGGAUGGUGUCAGUGAGGGUCAGUUUUACCAAGUUCUACUGCACGAACUUGAUGCCAUACGCAAGGCUUGUGCUUCACUAGAACCCAGUUACCAACCUCCAGUAACUUUUAUCAUUGUCCAAAAGCGACAUCAUACCCGACUUUUCACAUCCAAUCACAGUGAUAGGAGCAGCACUGACAAGAGUGGUAAUAUUUUACCAGGUACUGUCGUGGAUUCAAAGAUAUGUCAUCCGACUGAGUUCGACUUUUAUCUAUGCAGUCACGCAGGAAUCCAGGGAACAAGUCGUCCCGCUCAUUAUCAUGUUCUUUGGGAUGAGAAUAAUUUCAGUGCUGAUGACAUUCAAUCUCUGACUAAUAACCUCUGUUACACAUAUGCUCGGUGCACAAGAUCAGUCUCAGUAGUGCCUCCAGCAUACUACGCUCAUUUAGCGGCGUAUAGAGCUCGAUUCUACGUGGAACCCGACGCCCAGGAGAAUGCGAAAAGGUGCUGCACUCGAACCACAAAUGGGUCCAGCGUCCGGCCUUUGCCUGCACUGAAAGAGAGAGUGAAAAAUGUGAUGUUCUAUUGUUGACCACAAGUAAAAACCAAGAAUGAGAGAAAUCGGAAAGCGAUUUGUUGACAAUCACACUAUAUACGAAAAUAUAUAUCUAUGUAUUAAGAAACUUCUGAGCAAUGAAAAAUUUUGUCCAAGUUUACCGA